CAGAUCCAAAUGCACAGCCGACCCGACCCAAUUUGAUAUGACCUAGGGUUUUUGUUCCAUCAACCUCAUCUGAACAAAAACCCCAGCUUCUCCUCGUCCUCCUCUCUCUCUCUCUCUCUACAGUAGCCAUGCCGAAGCAUUACCGGCCUCCCGGAAAGAAAAAGGAAGGAAACGCGGCUAGAUACAUAACCAGAUCACAAGCCGUCAAGCACCUCCAAGUCAGCCUUCCAGUUUUCAGGAGAUUAUGCAUUCUGAAAGGUAUCUUUCCCAGAGAGCCAAAGAAGAAGGUGAAGGGAAAUCACCACACUUAUUAUCACACCAAAGAUAUUUUGUUCCUUAAGCAUGAGCCACUUUUGGAGAAGUUUAGGGACAUACGAGCAUACGACAGGAAGGUCAAAAAAGCUUUGUCAAAGAAGAACAGAGAUCUUGCAGAACGUCUAUUGACUCGCAAACCUGAUUACACCCUGGAUAUGCUUAUCAGGGAGAGGUACCCAAGCUUCAUUGAUGCACUAAGGGAUCUGGAUGACUGUCUGACUAUGAUACAUUUGUUUGCUGCACUGCCUGCUGUAGAGAGGGAGAAGAUCCAAGUAAAGCGUAUCCAUAAUUGUCGGAGGUUGAGCCAUGAAUGGCAGGCUUACAUAUCUCGCACUCAUAAGUUGAGGAAAACCUUCAUAUCUGUUAAAGGCAUUUAUUAUCAGGUUGAGGUCGAGGGGCAAAAAGUCACUUGGUUAACUCCUCAUGCGUUGCAGCAAGUCGUGCCUGAAGGAGUUGACUACAAUAUUAUGCUUACUUUUUUGGAAUUUUAUGAGACCCUCCUUGCUUUUGUGAAUUUCAAACUUUAUCAUUCAAUUAAUGUGAAGUAUCCACCUAUCCUUGAUCCUCGGUUGGAAGCUUUAGCAGCAGAUCUUUAUGCUUUAGCAAGAUUCAUUGAUGCUAAUUCUAAAGUGCCAGCACUGGAAUCUCAAUCUGUCAGUUCAUCUGGGUCUGAGCAGGCUGAGGCCCAGCAAAAGGGGUCAGAGCUGGACGAGUCUGAACUUAGGCUGGCCCAGCUUCAACAUCAGCUUCCUUCCAAUGAACCUGGUGUGCUGAUGCAUCUCAUGGAAAAUGCAUCUGGUGAAGAGGAAGACGAUGAAGAAACAAGGGAGUGUAAAGCCCUGUUUAAGAACACAAAAUUCUUCUUAAGUCGUGAGGUUCCAAGGGAGUCUAUGCUUUUUGUCAUUCCUGCUUUUGGUGGUGUGGUUUCGUGGGAGGGAGAAGGAGCUCCAUUUGAUGAGUCUGACCAGAGCAUUACACAUCAGAUUGUUGAUAGGCCAACACAGGGACGUAGGUUCCUUUCGAGAGAAUAUGUUCAGCCGCAGUGGGUCUAUGAUAGUGUAAAUGCACGGAUCAUAUUGCCAGUUGAGGAGUACUUGGUGGGAAGGGUUCCACCACCACAUUUAUCCCCAUUUGUUGAUAAUGAGGCGGAAGGAUAUGUUCCUGAGUAUGCAGAGACCAUCCGACGUUUGCAGGUGGCUGCGAGAAAAGAAGUCCUUCCAAUGCCUGGUCUUGGGAAAGAAGAUUUAGAUGAUCCUCAAAAUUUGCUGGCUGAAGGUAUUAUCAGCCGAACAGAAGCUAUUGAAGCUGCUGAGAAAAAGCAGAAGAUGUCAUUCCUACAGAAGCAGUAUCUUGAUGAAUUGAAGAUGGAACUUAAUGGUGUUCAGUACUCUGCUGGCUCAAGUGCAAAUAAGCAGAACUCUGCUGAGGAGACAAAGGCCGGGGAAGAAUCUCUACCGGAGUCGCAACAAGAUGCUGAUGAUGCUGCCAAUUUGUCUACUGUUCUGAUGUCACGCAAAAAGAGGAAGCUCUUGGAAGCCAUGGAGAUUGGCAAGAAGCGGAAGAAGGAUCAUGUUGGUCUUCUGAAGGAAAGGAAGAAAAAUAUUGAGGCCAAAAAAUCAGGUUAAAUUUUGAAGCCGCUAAUACACCUGAAUCUCCAGAUUUUCAUCAAUAAUCUUCCAACAAUUAUGUAAUAUCGGUUGAUACUGUAGCUUUUCAUUUUAUUUUGGCUUAUCCAAACUAUGUUUGUAGAUUAAUUGGAACACUACCAUUUUGGUUAUGGGCUCUUUGAGUACAAAAUUUUGGCAUUACCACAUUAUUACAUCUUGCAGUUAAGUCCGUUUGUGGGCUCUUUCCGACUACAAAUUUUUGGCAUUUGUAGGGACAAUAUUGUAUUUCACAUAGCUAAAAGACAAAAAUAGUUCGGAAAUAACUUCCAUUUUUAUCA